UGACGCGUGUACGUGCGCGCUCCCGUGCGGAGGAAGAUGGCGGAUGUUUGGAGUGAGGAGGUUCAUGAGAGCAGCUGAUAAAGAGAAACACAAACAACAGCAGAAAAACAGAAGAAGCGCGCGGACGAGAGACGGACAGAGCGUCCAGCAGACAGAUCCGCAGACAGACAGACGGCGUCAUGUCUCGCUGCUCAGACGGUGAAGACAGCUGCCUGGUUGCCAUGGACACAGAGGAGGGCGGGGCUCCGGCGAGUGGGGGCGGGGCCAGCGCUCACAGCAUGGGCGAGCUGCCGGAGGAAGUGCUGGAGUACAUCCUGUCCUUCCUGUCGCCCUACCAGGAGCACAAGACGGCCGCGCUGGUGUGCAAACAGUGGUACCGCCUCAUCAAAGGUGUGGCGUAUCAGUGUUACCAUGGUUUCCUGCGGGCCAUUCAGGAGGGAAACAUCCAGUGGGAGAGUCGCACCUAUCCGUAUCCUGGAACACCCAUAACACAACGCUUCUCGCACAGUGCGUGUUACUACGACUCCAAUCAGUCGAUGUACGUGUUCGGCGGCUGCACUCAGAGCAGCUGUAACGCGGCCUUCAACGACCUGUGGCGUCUGGACCUCAACAGCAAAGAGUGGAUCCGGCCGCUGGCGUCAGGCUCGUACCCGUCGCCCAAAGCCGGAGCCACGCUGGUCAUGUACAGAGAUCUGCUGGUGCUGUUCGGCGGCUGGACGCGGCCCAGUCCGUACCCGCUGCACCAGCCCGAGAGGUUCUUCGACGAGAUCCACACCUACUCGCCCUCCAAGAACUGGUGGAACUGCAUCGUGACGACUCACGGGCCGCCGCCCAUGGCAGGCCACUCGUCCUCGGUGAUCGGCAGCACCAUGGUGGUGUUCGGAGGCUCUCUGGGCGCGCGGCAGAUGAGUAACGAGGUGUGGCUUCUGGAUCUGGAGCAGUGGUCCUGGUCCAAACCCGCCGUCAGCGGCCCGUCUCCUCACCCGCGCGGAGGCCAGUCUCAGAUCGUGAUCGACAGCGAGACGCUGCUGAUUCUGGGCGGCUGCGGCGGGCCCAACGCUCUGCUGAAGGACGCCUGGCUGCUGCACAUGAGCGCCUCCAGCUGGACGUGGCAGCAGCUGCGGGUGGAGAACGAGGAUCACGGCGCGCCCGAGCUCUGGUGUCAUCCGGCCUGCAAGGUGGGUCAGUGUGUGGUGGUUUUCUCUCAGGCGCCGUCGGGUCGAGCUCCUCUCAGCCCGAGUCUCAACUCUCGGCCGUCUCCCAUCAGCUCUACACCCGCCCCUCUGGGCCCGGACCCGCCCUCUCUGCGCUCGCAGUCUCCGGUGCGCAGCGGCGCGGCAGGCGUGGUGCUGGGCGCGGUCGAGGAGGCGCCCUGUGUGAACGGUCGCUGGGGAACCCUGCGGCCGAGAGCGUCGGCUCGAGCGCGGGACGGCAGUCCGUCGUCGUCACAGCAGCAGUCGCCCUCGCGAGGUCCCGACAGCCCGCCGCUGCUCAAUGGCUCGUCGCCGUCCCCCCGCACCAGCCCCGUCCAAGUGGCGUCCCCGCCCACGCGGCCACACGCACCCACAGACUACAGCUGGGACGCCGAUCCGCUCAGCUCCAACGGGCUGCACACUCCUCCGCAGGCCGCGUCGCCGCGCACCCCUCCGGGCGCCGUUUCUCCCGCCGCCCUGCGCCGAGGUCUGGAGGCCGUCAAAGCCUCGUCAUCGCUGCCAUCCUCGUCCUCGCAGUCCCAGCCUGCCGCUUCCGCGUCCGGCGGCACCCCUCCCGCCUCCUCCAGCCCGCCGCAGGCCGCAGCGGCCGACGGACACUCCAUCCCGCCGAUCGCGCGCCGGCUCGGCCACCACCCGCCGCAGAGCCUAAACGUGGGCAAGCCGCUGUACCAGUCGCUCAACUGCAAACCCAUGCAGAUGUACCUGCUGGACAUUUCUCGUGCCAAGUCGGACGGCGUGGUGUCGUGGAAGGUGUACGGGAGCGGCGGUGCACCCAGCGCUGUCACAGGACCCCCGGAGACCAGCCUGCACACGGUGGUUCAGGGGCGCGGAGAGCUCAUCAUCUUCGGCGGCCUCAUGGACAAAAAGCAAAACGUCAAAUAUUACCCCAAAACCAACGCCUUGUACUUCGUCCGCGCGAAGAGGUAAUGGAGGAACGCGAGCCGGCGCGACACUGACAGGAACGACUGCUGCCCUUACACUAAUUUACCUUAAAAUACAGCUCAACACAUAUAAAGGACACUCAAACAUAGUUGUUGUUUCAAUUUAUGAGUGAAUGAAUGAUGUUUUUGCUAUGUGCUCUGCAAGUGUGUGUGCGUGUGUGUGAGAGAGAGAAAUCUAGAAGGGAAUGUUUUAUUGUUUCUGUCGCAUUUCACCCUCAGAAACGCUGAUCUGACUGAAGGAAACACGAUUGUAGGACGAACCGAUGAAAUGGACCUUUUUUACCGCUCUUUCAGCCUGCAUUGUUUACAUUAAACGUGUGUAUGUGCGAUGGUGCUGUUGAGGGAAUGAGACCGUGGAUUGUAAACGGAAAUAAAGAAAGUUCUCCAUGUCUUAAUUCUCUGA